AUGGGUGGCAUGACAAGUCUCCUCCUUUUGCUGUGGGUCGGUCUCAUAGUGGGCACAGUGGUGGAUCUGCAGAAGAGAAUCCUUAAAGGGCACAAUUGUGGACCAAGAGAGCGUCUGUACCAUGUGUUACUGAUAGCAAGAAAUGAGACCAAUAGCUCAUGGUGUGGUGGCUCCCUGAUCAGUGACCAGUGGAUUCUGACUGCAGCUCAUUGCUGGAAGCCCGGAUGGAAUAUAACUGCACAUUUAGGAGUGCAUCCACGUCAAGAAGAAGGUACAAGAAAAAGGUUGCAAGUGCAACAAAUCACAGAGCAUCCUAAGAUCUUUACAGACCAAGACAACAACAAUGACAGGGAGCAUGACAUCAUGCUGCUGAAGCUACCCAACAAGGUUCAGAUCACACCUGUAAAACCUCCUGACUGUGAUAACCAGUAUAAUGCUGUUAAUAAAACAGGUGCUAUAGUUCAGAUUGCCGGUAAUGCAGCCAACACUACAGGCCCUAAUAAUACAAAAGGCAUCACAGGAAGCACAGUGGUGGCUCUGCAGAAGAGAAUCAUUGGAGGUCAACCAUGUGAGCGCCAGUACCACGUCAAACUUAAAAGAGUUGCUGCUGGUGGAUCAUCCAACAUGUGUGGCGGCUCUCUGAUCAGUGACCGGUGGAUUUUGACUGCAGCGCACUGUUUGAAGCCAGGAAGAACUAUGUUUGCAGGUUUAGGUGUGCAUCCAGAAGUGCAAAUCACAGCAGAACCAGUGAACUAUACAGACAAAGACAACAGGUUCCAUGAUAUCAUGCUGCUGCAGCUACCUGAGCCCACUAAGAUUCAACCUGUAGCUCUUCCUGACUGUGAAUAUUAUCCUAAAAUGGUUAAGAUCGCAGGUCACGCUGCCACUACUGGAGGCCCAAAUGAUGAGAGGAGAAAGCAAAGUGAGACAGAUGAUGAUGUAGCAGAUGGUAGAAAUGCACUCAGAUAUAUCAGCGUUACCUUAGGCAGACCCUCCACACUGUGCUCAUUCAUUUCACUGCUGGGAUCGUGUGGAUGCUGCAUGUCUGAUGCUGCUUACAGGAAGCUGCAGAGACAGUAA